AUGAAUAAUAUCCGGUCCUCCCCUGUCUCUGGUCAGGACGAUAGCCAUGAGAAAAAUGCGGUCAACAGUUCAUUUGAACCAUCCCAAGAGGCUACUAGUGUCCCUGAUCAUGGCUACGAUGUUACAUUCGGCAGUGAUCAAGAUCUCAUGAACCCAAAGAGCUUACCUUUGGCUCGAAAAUGGGCUAUGGUUAUUAUCGUCUGCACGGGAACUAUGUGUGUGACUUGUGCGAGCUCAAUAUACACAACCACUUACUCGCAAAUGAAUUCAGAGCUCGAGGUAGCCUCUAUCAUUGCGAUAUUGGGUCUAUCAUUCUUCGUAGUAGGUCUCGGUCUCGGACCACUGUUAACCAGUCCUCUGAGUGAGUGGUACGGACGCAGACCUAUCUACAUCGUUUCAUGGUCCAUGUUUGUGAUCUGGAAUAUUGUGACGGCGGUCGCGAAAAAUAUCGAAACGGUCAUUAUCUCUCGGUUCUUCACGGGCUUCGCGGGUGGCACUUUUCUGUCUGUGUCGGGAGGAACCGUGAGCGAUGUUUUCCUGCGCUCUCAAAUUCAACUUCCUAUGAUCCUGGUCUCGUCUGCACCAUUUAUCGGACCCUGCUUGGGUCCGUUGAUUGGAGGCUUCAUCAGUUAUAACACGACCUGGAGAUGGAAUUACUACUUCAUUAUUAUCUGGUCUGGAGUUCUGCUGGUUUCAAUCUCGGUUUUCGUGUCUGAGACAUUUCCUCCUGUCCGGUUGAGAGCCAAGGCUGUGAUGCUUCGGAAACAGACUGGAGAUGACCGCUACAGAGCACCAACUGAGAAGAUACACUCUUCAAGGGGAAAGGCUUUAUCUUACUCCCUCCUUCGGCCGUUCCAGCUUCUCAUCUUCGAGCCGAUGUGUCUUGCUCUCGAUAUUUACGCCGCUAUCUUGUUGGGCAUACUCUACCUCUUCUUUCAGGCAAUUCCACUCAUGUUUGAAACGACCUAUGGCUGGACUACAUGGCAAGGAGGUCUUCCCUUUGUGGGUAUUAUUUUGGGAAUGAUUGUUGGAGCGAUCAGUGCUCCGCUCUGGUCCCAUGUCAAAGACUAUCUUCUGAGGUCUCGAGAGAAACAAAGCGAGGAUGUCCCACCAGAGUACAGUUUGAUUCCUGCUAUACCUGGAGGAGUUUUGAUUCCGAUAGGUCUAUUUUGGUUUGGUUGGAGUAUGUCCUCAGACGUGCAUUGGAUUGUCCCAAUCAUUGGGUCAUCCUUCUUUGGCUGCGGGAUCUUGCUCGCAUAUAGGGGUAUUUUCACAUUUCUUGUUGAUGCUUAUCCGCAGUAUGCGGCAUCUGCUCUCGCUGGUAAUGGGUUUGUGAGAUCAUCUUUUGCGGCUGCAUUCCCGUUGUUCGGAAUCCAAAUGUAUAAUGCGUUGGGUUAUCAUUGGGCUACAAGUCUGCUCGCUUUCCUCACAAUCCUUAUGAUGCCAUUUCCGCUGAUCUUCUUCAGAUAUGGCAAGGUGCUAAGGGAGAAGAGCAAAUUUGCUCUAAAUGCUUGA